GAUAAAUGAUGUUAAAUUAUACUCUGCUUGGCCGGAAGACAAGAUUGCCGUGAUGCGCGUCCACGUGAUCAAUUCAACAAAUGGUAGCUGCACUAGGGGCUGUUGAUAGAGUUAUAUACAAGACAGAACGCAGCAUAAUAUUCCGGGAAAAGGAAUGACUGUGAGCAGCAAAUAUAGUAUGCGACGAGCCCUAUACCCCUUGUGCAUAUUAUUAGCACUCGACACAACACAAACGAGACAACAGCUCAAAAUAAAAGCAUAUCAGAGGACGGGAGAGAACAAAAGUGAGGCAGUGGCACUGAAGUGGCACCAUCGCAACUAAAACGAUGUCAUACCUAGGCUGUCUGCCUAUUUUCCUGGUUAUUGUUGCCUCUGGAACUUUCUGCCUAGCAUAUAUCAUUGCAGUUGUUCGUGGGGAUGUUUCUGCAGCUUUCCCUUACAUCAGUGACACAGGUGCUGAGGUUCCUGAAAGCUGCAUCUUUGGACAGUUCUUGAAUAUUGCAUCUUUUCUGGCGUUCUGCACCAUAUAUGUACGAUAUAAGGCUGUGAAGGCAUUGGCUGGUGAAGAGGACACCUGGCUGAGACGCACAAACAAGAUAAGUGCAGGACUUGGCUUCUUGUCUGCUUUUGGCUGCUCCAUUGUGGCCAACUUUCAGGAACAUACAGUGGUAGAAAUUGUGCACAUCAUUGGAGCAGGCUUCACCUUCAUUGGUGGAGUCGUCUACUGCUUUCUGCAGACUGCAAUGUCUUACCAUAUGUACCCAGACUACAAUGGCUUGCUUAUCUGUCGAGUUCGCCUCUUCGUCUGUAUGCUGGCGUUUGGUAGUCUCAUUUCUACAAUCGCCUCAGCAGCAGUAGCACUGACUCAGUACAAAGUUAAAGACAGAUUUCACUGGAAUCCAGAUGAACCAGGCUAUAGCGCACAUGUGGUGAGCACUGUCAGUGAAUGGCUCACAGCCUUGACCUUCCUUGGCUACUUUUUCACAUUCGUCCAAGAGUUUCGCAAAUUUGAUCUUGAGAUCAAUACACGGCCUCUUGUGAGGCAUCUUGAUGAAGAUCCAUUCGAGGGAACAAACGAACGAACAAGAUUGCUUGCCUGAAAGGAAGUAGAGCACUGCAUGCACUAUACUUUUGUUUUGGUGCAUGUGCAUGUGGGGUUUUUAGGGGGGUGCGGUUGAAGGCGGCUCACAAAAAAAAAAAAAAACCCAAAUAAGUAAAGGCUGUGAAAUGAUUCAAGUAUAUGCUGUUUUUAAAGGGAUUAAUCAUGAGAGUAUUUGGUCCUUUAUUCAUCAGUUCAGACUACAGUCUUUCUUCAUGUGAUCACAAUUUUUAAGGAAAACAUCCAGGCAAGCUUCAUCACAGUCAUUAUCCACAAUUUCUGACUGGCAAGGCUGUCAUCAGGCAACACAUGCUGCACUCUUGUCUUUGUCCAUGUCUAGAAAUAUGUACUGCAACAGAUGGUAGAAUUCUUUUUUGAUUCUCUCACUCAGGGUCAAAUAGAAUGAACAUCAACACUCCUCACAUUUAAAGAAACAAAAGCAUUACUUACACACACUCCUCAUUGUUCAGGAAAAGACUCUGUGCAUACACCACACGAACCAUUUUCUGCAAAUAACAAGAGACUCUUGAUGCCACCUUUGAACUAACGACUUCGUAACCAGACAAACAUGGACCAACAUUUGACAAAGUAUUUUACUUUAUGGUUUAAUAAAAAUAUUUCUUCAGUAAAGAAAAGCACCACACAACUUAUGAUCACAUGUAAAACGGAUGAAGAACUAUUUGCAAUGAUAAUGUAAAAAAAUUUUUUAUAACGGUGUAAACAGGGCUCUUGACCCUCCCCAACUGCAGAUUCCCAAGGUUUAAGUUCGGUCUAUUGUUAGCCAGGCCAACUGCUUAGCAUGAUCAUGAUUUCAACAAAGUGAUUUGCAGGUGGGCUGAGAAGAGUAAAUUCUACGAGCAAAUUGCAAGUAAUCAGGACUAUCAGAAUUAUUCAGUCAGGGGCUGUGAAAGAACUUCUUUCUCUGGAUAGCUGGGGUAGCACACAGAAAUAAAUGCUUUGAAAAAAUGUCCUAGUGAAACAACAGCACCUAAGAUGUAAGUUCUUAGUGUGCACUUGUAAGCACAAGUAAGCACAACUUCCUGGAAAAAAAAACAGGACAAUAUUCCAAUCGCUAUUUCUUCACUGCAAGAGGUAUAAUCAAAAGGAACUAUGUUAUGCUGGAAGCAUUUAAUACAGAGGGAUAAUCCACAAAUCUCUUCACCGUUGUGGGCCUCCGGUGCAAUUCUGUGUCACCCCAAAUGACGUGCUCAAAAGUCAUGAAGCAAGCACAAAAAACUUGCAUUGCAAAAAAGACAAGUUUAUUAAUGUAUACAUAUAUGUGUGUGUGUAUUAAUAUUCUGACUACAUUUGUAUAUUUUGUUUUGAAAAAAAAUAAUGUUUUCAUCUAUCA